GAAGAAUAUUUAAAAAUUAGGUUAAGUUGACGUUUUCAAACGUAUAAUACGAUUAGUUGAAAACAGUGAAUUUUCUAAAGAUGGGGAGUGACAAAAAACGUCGAUCUCGUAGCCGAGAAAAAGAAAAGGAACGUGAUAAACGUAAAAGAUCACGUUCGAGAAGUAAAGAUCGCACUGAAAGAGAUAGAACUCGUGAGUCGGAUAGGUACAAAAGACACAGGUCUAGGUCCAAGGAAAGAGAAUAUGUGGGAAGUAGCGGUAGCAUUAAUAAUAAAUCUGAUAAAGAAAAGCAUAGGGGAGAUAAAGAUAAGCACGAAGAAAAAGAAAAGAGACAUAAAGAUGUUAAAAAGGAUGAUACUGAAGAACAAGAAAAAGUUGAAAAUAAGGUAGAUGUUAAACAAGAACCAGUUAAAAAGGAACCCCUAUCACUGGAAGAACUUUUGGCUAAGAAGAAAGCGGAAGAAGCUGCUAAAAGUAAACCGGUAUUUCUAACAAAAGAACAAAGGAUGGCGGAAGCUUUGAAAAGACGGCAAGAAGAAGCAGACAGAUUAAAAAAACAGAGAGACGAAGAAAGGAAAAUCAUUGAAGCAUUACAGGCUAGUAGGGAAGCAGAAAUGAAACGCGAUGAUAGAGACUAUCGUAGAACUAGAGAUAGAGACAGGGAAGAGGAGAAACAAAAGGAUAAAGAUAAAGAAAAAGAACAAGAUGCUAUUAGGGAGAGAUAUUUAGGAUUGAUUAAAAAGAAAAGACGUGUAAGAAGACUUAAUGAUAGAAAAUUUGUAUUUGAUUGGGAUGCCGGUGAAGAUACUAGUGUUGAUUAUAAUUCCUUAUAUAAAGAAAGACAUCAAGUACAAUUUUUUGGUAGAGGGAACUUGGCUGGUAUUGAUAUAAAAGCACAGAAACGAGAUCAAAGUAAAUUUUAUGGAGAGCUACUAGAAAAAAGAAGAACAGAAGCGGAAAAAGCGCAAGAAAAAGUUAGACUGAAGAAAGUGAAAAGAAGAGAAGAAAAACAACUUUGGGAUGACAGACAUUGGACAGAUAAGGAGAUAACAGAGAUGACUGAGAGAGACUGGAGAAUAUUUAGGGAGGAUUACAACAUUACUAUUAAAGGUGGGAAAAUCCCGGAACCUAUCAGGAAUUGGAGUGAAUCUGGUAUACAGAAAGAAUUACUAGAAAUAAUAGAAAAAAUCGGUUAUAAAGACCCGACGCCAAUUCAAAGACAAGCAAUUCCAAUUGGUAUGCAAAAUAGGGACAUAAUAGGUGUAGCAGAAACAGGAUCAGGUAAAACAUUAGCAUUUUUGAUACCACUUUUAUCUUGGAUACAAAGUUUACCGAAAUUGGAAAGAAAUGAAGAUGCCGAUCAAGGACCUUACGCUAUCAUCCUAGCACCUACAAGAGAAUUGGCACAACAGAUAGAAGAAGAAACUGUUAAAUUCGGACAACCUUUAGGUAUUAGAACAGUCGUAGUUGUCGGUGGUCUUAGUAGAGAAGAACAAGGUUUUAGGUUACGUUUAGGUUGUGAGAUUGUUAUAGCGACGCCCGGUCGUUUGAUUGAUGUUUUAGAAAACCGCUAUUUAGUUUUAAAUCAAUGUACUUAUAUUGUACUCGACGAAGCCGACAGAAUGAUCGAUUUGGGUUUUGAACCUGACGUACAAAAGAUCCUCGAAUAUAUGCCUGUGACUAAUUUAAAGCCCGAUUCAGAGGAAGCUGAAGACAGCAGAGUACUGUUGGCAAAUUAUAACAGUAAGAAAAAAUAUAGACAGACUGUCAUGUUUACGGCUACUAUGCCUCCGGCUGUCGAAAGAUUAGCCAGAACUUAUCUACGACGACCCGCAGUAGUUUAUAUCGGUUCAAUAGGUAAACCUGUAGAGAGAGUCGAACAAAUCGUACAUAUUAUGGGAGAAAACGAUAAGAGGAAGAAAUUGAUGGAGUAUCUCUCCAGAGGUAUCGAACCUCCCAUUAUCAUUUUCGUUAAUCAAAAGAAAGGAGCCGAUGUUUUGGCCAAAGGACUGGAAAAAUUGAAUUACAACGCUUGUACUUUACACGGUGGUAAAGGUCAAGAACAAAGAGAAUACGCUUUGGCGAGUCUAAAAUCGGGUUCGAAGGACAUCCUGGUAGCUACGGACGUCGCGGGAAGAGGUAUCGACAUCAAAGACGUCUCCAUGGUUAUUAAUUACGAUAUGGCGAAGACUAUUGAAGAUUAUACUCAUCGUAUCGGUAGGACUGGUCGUGCUGGUAAAACUGGUAUUGCUGUUAGUUUUUGCACUAACGAAGAUUCGGCGUUAUUUUACGAUCUCAAGCAAAUGUUAUUAUCUUCUCCGGUGUCUACUUGUCCACCAGAAUUGAUGAAUCAUCCGGAGUGUCAAUUGAAGCCUAAUCAACCUAAGAGACGGAGGGACGAGAUGAUUUUCGCUUGAAAUUAUAUGAUUUACUACAUUUUGGUUAAGUUGUAAUAAUCAUGGAUGUAAUUUUAUAGAAAAUAAAAUGUAAUUUUAAAAAUCAA